ACGUGUCAGAACCCUGCUACUAGAGCCUGGAUGUGGCUCUGAGUUUCAGGGUCACUGACAUUGAUAAGACACCUGCGUCCCAGGACUCGGAGGAGAAACGGCUGAUGGACUUGGCGGGGAAUUUGCGCGGGGUUUUACUGAGCGGGAAGAGACUGUUCAAAUGAGGGGGAGGGUAUAUAAAGGAGGGUUGGCCGGAGCCUCCCAUUCUUGGCUUUUCUGAUGUUCAUGUUUCCUACAGUAAAAGUUCCUGGUGAUACCACAGAGAGUCUCGUGUGUUCAUUCAGGAGCGGCUGUGGUGAGCUGACACUAAGCCAAGAAUACGGACACCAUCCCGCUGUAGCGGUGAGGUGUAACAUGCAAGUGGAGGAUGAAGAGCUCUUGGGCGCCGGAGGAGGAAGGUCGGAAAGGGCCACUCCCGAGACGGACGCUGAGUUCCACCAGCUGGCGGCCCUGGCGUCAUCCACCGCUUAUGCCCAGCCAAAUGGGGUAACCCAGAGGCGCGGAGUGGUGCGGGGAGAUAGCACCGGAGGAGAGGAAGGUUCACCUUCCCCAGGCCCGCAAAAGAUGGUGUUUCUGGAGGAGAGGAUGUCGGCGAUGGAGACCACCCUGGCAGUGAUGUCGAGGGCGAUGGAGCGCCUGGCGGUUUUGGCGGAGCCGGAGCGAGGAAGGGAACUCCGGGCUAGCUCAAUGUGGGACGUGAGCAUGGGAAGCAGCCAGGGCUUUGCAGACCUCCCAGCACCGAAGGGAAGGGAAAUGCGAAAGGAGCCCGGUGCCCGGCCCAAGAUCCAAACGAGCCUGACGCGGGUGGAGGAGAGUGACGACGAAGGGGAAAAGCCUCCGAGAAUCCCGGCUACGCUCCCAACUGAGACCCUGGUGCCCCUGGCGAAUGCCGGGCGUGGCACAGGACAAAGGGAAGCAGCAGCGGGGCCCACUGGCCCGCAAGGGGGCUUGCGACGGGCGGAGAAUUGGGGAUUGCCACCACAGGGACCCCUACCGAGACGAGAGGAACUAAGGAUCGAGUUUGGGGGAGAGUCCUCUGAACUGGAUUUUUUCCUGACCACGGUGAGGGGCUAUAUGGAGGACAAUGCCCACACUUUUAGAACGGAAUCCAGCCGGGUACGGGCCAUUGGUGCAGUGUUGAAGAGGGGAGCGGCCAGCUGGUACGUUCAACUACACGCGCGGCGCGACCCAUGUCUGGGGUCACUCCGACGCUUUAUGGGGGCCCUGGAGACCCGUUUCCGAGAUCCACUGGAGCAGAUCCGGGCGAGGGAGGAGUUGAAGACCGUCUCCCAGGGGCAGAGGUCGGUAUCUGAGUAUGCGGAGGAGUUCCAAUGCCUCGCUGAAAAGGUGCCGGAAUGGUCUGCAGUGACAAAGAUAGAACUCUUCAAAGAGGGGCUCAGGCGGGAGAUCCUCUCCUGGGCGGUGCAUCGUGAUGAGCCUGACACACUGCGCGGAUGGAUUCAGCUGGCGGGGCGCAUCGAGACAUCGCUGGCCCAGGCGAGGAGGCACCGAGGAGGGCUACAGCAGCGGCCGCAGAUGAAAGAGGGGAGCCGGAAGGAGGGAUCAACCCCAGCCGGGAGGAGAACGGAGCCGACAGGGAACGUGAGCACCAGCAGGAGGGGCUGCUUCGUGUGCGGCCGUUUGGGCCACAGGGCUGCCGAGUGCUGGCAGAGAAAAGGGGAAGGCGGAGGCCCGCCCAAACCAAGAGCCGUGGCAGGGAAACGCGCCGAGGAAGAACCACCGAUGAGGCACCACUCGGGGGGGUUGGACGAAGGGGAGGAGGACGCCAUGUCAGAACCCUGCUACUAGAGCCUGGAUGUGGCUCUGAGUUUCAGGGUCACUGACAUUGAUAAGACACCUGCGUCCCAGGACUCGGAGGAGAAACGGCUGAUGGACUUGGCGGGGAAUUUGCGCGGGGUUUUACUGAGCGGGAAGAGACUGUUCAAAUGAGGGGGAGGGUAUAUAAAGGAGGGUUGGCCGGAGCCUCCCAUUCUUGGCUUUUCUGAUGUUCAUGUUUCCUACAGUAAAAGUUCCUGGUGAUACCACAGAGAGUCUCGUGUGUUCAUUCAGGAGC